CCCAGCAGACGGAUCAUCGUCGCCCACGCAGUUCAGUGAUAGUGGUUUUUCCUAUGUUGACAGUGAAAAUUUUAUUACAAAUAUGACUUCAGCUACUACAACUAACCGUGCGAGUGAUAUGUGGAACAAUAAUGUCCAAGCAAAUAGUCAAAGUGCAAGGCAAAUGCCUUUCGGUUAUCAGUAUCCAGUGAACCCGAAUUUUUAUAAUUACCAUAAUAACUUUUACUCUCAAAACUGUGAUUACCCUAGUGAUUAUUAUAAUAGGUCUCACGGAUCGAGUCCUAGUAAUAAGAUUGUGAAAACGGAACCUGCAAGUUGGCAGAACCAUCCUUGUAAUUACACGGAUGGCAAUCAAACUAACAUGGAUAUGAUAAAUAAGUGGCGAGAAAUGAAUGUGUAUGCGCAGCAACACUAUGAAAGCUAUAGUUAUGAACAAGCAAUUAAUCCAACAAUCUGUUCCGGCUCGGAUGUCAAAGGUGAGGAUGUGCGAUCUAUUAACUCUCCUAGCCAAUGCAGUAUACCAGAUACUAACUAUGGAUCUCCGCAAAGUGCUUCGAGUGCUAUGAAAUCUCAAGAAGAAGACGAUUCCCCUAAUCUAAGAGCACUUUUAACCAAAGCUAAUAUGAAAAGAUUACAAUAUGGAAAAUAUGAUAAAUCCUACACACAAGAAAUGAUGCAACGCAUGACGUAUCGCGCUAAUGAUACAGGAGAUUGGGCAAAAACUAGUGGCACAGUGGUUGAGGCGGAAAGCAAUUUAUCGCAAUUUCAUGGUGAAUAUGAGAUCGGCUUAGAUGGACGUGCGGAAACCAAAAUCAAGCAUUCUACGGGUGGGGCGCCGAAAGCAAGUGAAGGCGCUACGUCAUCGGAUACCUCUGAGAACUGUCAAGCAAUGACGAGGGUCGAUGCAGGCGGGGACAAUGAGGAUUACGUUGAGAACAAAAUGGCCGCUGUACCAGAAGUACAAGGAUUUUAUCCGUGGAUGAAAAGUAUUGGUGGUGAAGACAAAAAAGAGGGAUCCAAGAGAACACGGCAGACCUACACGAGGUUUCAAACGCUAGAAUUGGAAAAGGAGUUCCACUUCAACAAGUACUUAUCUAGAAGGCGUAGAAUAGAAGUUUCUCAUGCACUAGGGCUAACUGAGAGGCAAAUCAAGAUAUGGUUUCAGAACCGAAGAAUGAAAGCCAAGAAAGAUGGAAAGCUUUCUACGUCCCCCGAUCCGUAUGGAGCGGAAGACUUAACCGCUACUAAAUUACCUAAUAUUCCAGAGUUCUUAGAUCCUAGGCAGCAAAUGUCUGGACUUGCUGAAUGCCCUAGCUCAAAUUAUCAUAUGCAUAAUGGAGCUAUAGCUAAUAUGGCACAUUUAGCAGGAAAUAUGAACCAAAAUUGUGUAUUACCUGUACCUACAUAUAGGUAUGAUGGCAAAAAUUUAAUGAUUAAAAAUUAAAUA